AUGCAGACAGAAACCCCGGCCCGGCGCUGCGAGCAGAAGAGCCCUCAAGGAUCAGGUGACAGCGGUGACGGGUGGACGCAGUCCUCCUCGCCUACCGAGGUUUACGACAUCGGUGCCGAUUCAGAGGACGACAUUGGCCACAUAUCUUCAGCGGUGCGUGCCCUCGACGUUGAAGGUGACCUUGCUCCAUGGCAAGAGAGGUCACCGUGCUCCUCACGGAAGGGCGGCAAAUAUGACGUGUCCACCGCUGCCUCCAGCUGCAAUGCAGCGGAGGGUCUCACCGCCUCCAGUAAGGCCGAAGAUCAAGCUGAUGCUUGGAAUGUGGAGGACUGGGAUUCCCACCUGGCCCAGCUGCGCGAGGCGGGCCGGGAGCACAGAGUUCGCUCAUUUCUCGGACAGGUUGCCACCCCCUGCCGAGCUUCUCCAAAUGGAAAGCUCAAGGUGGCCGAUACUUUGAGAGCAGAACUACAGGCAGACGUGGAGCUCCUGGUGCAAGAGGCAAUGGAUGAAAUGCGAUCAUGGCUUUCACAGGAAAUCGCCUUUGCAAGACGAAAUCUCGAAGAGGUACACGCAGAUCAAUCUCAACCUCAGGCCAACGACGAGGUCAAGAUGUUGAAACAGUGCGUGGAGGAGCAGGGGCUUGCACUGGAGAAGCUGAAGGAAGGCAAUGACCUGGAGAAGCUACGGAAGGACUUGCAGGAUCAAGCACGGCUCAUCAGAAAGUUGGACGAUGCUGCCGCCACUGAUGCACGAUCGAGCACCACAUCAUCGGAGCGUGUCCUCGAGGCUCGAGCAGUGGCUGAAGAAAGAAAAUGGCGAUUGCGGCUAGAAACCUUCGAGUCCAGUGUUGCAAGGAGUGUGGAGCAGCUCGAGAACUGCAAUCAAAGGACAUUGGAACUGCAGGAGCGCACUGCAGCCAACGAAGCAGACCUUCAGCGAGGCCUUUGCUCCAGCCAGUCUGCAGAGAGACAAUGCGCUGAAACUGCCAAAGAUGUUGGUCUGCUGCGAGCGUCUGCCGACAAGCAGGCUGAGGACAUGAAGCAACUGGAAAGGCAAGUGCGACGCCUUGCUGGUGAACUUGCGGCUGCGCAGGAUGCAUCGAAUGUGGCUGCGAAGCACGCGAGUGGUCAAAAAGAUCUUGUGGGUGCUUUGGAAGAAACGUCGAGGGAACUGGCCUCUACGCAGAGGCAGCAGAAAGAGGAGAUGCUGUCUUUCGGAACAAGAUUACAAGAAGUCCUAGCUGGUGUGGCUGCCUGCAAGACCGAAGCAAUGGCAGCACAGAGCCGGAUGGAUGCCGUGGCACAGCAAGCCGAAGACACCUACAAGCAGGUUUCCAAGUCUGCCCACCAGAUGUCCAUGAACGAAGAAAAGCUUCAUGCUGCGAUGGAGGAGAUGCGAGCUCAAUCCCAGCAACUUGAGACCGUGCAACCCCGGCUCAAGAUCCAUGAGGAUUCUCUCAGGUUGCUCGAAGGUCAGUGCAGUCAGCUGGAGUCGAAAUUCUCAUCCAUGCAUCUUGCUGUUGGCCGGAAAAUGGAGAAGCUUGAGCGAGAGGUGUCAACCACUGAGACGGAGCUGUCCACCAUGCAAGGCUGCUUGGAGGAGCACAAUGCUCACUUGUGCAGCUUGGACAAGCAGCGCUUGUCAUUGGCUGCCAAAGCAACGCUGCAGGAAGAGCAUAUUCACAAGAUAUGGGCAGCAGUCGAAGGUCUGGAAAACCAGGUGCACUCCGACCACAAGGAGCUGUUUCAGGUGUCGAGAAGCGCCAAAGAGCAGGGCUUCGACCUCAGCUGC